AAUCACAAUCCACAUAUUUUUUUCACUUAUUCACUUCCUACAUCCCUCCUCUCUACUUGCUUCUUUCUCCCAGCUCCCUCCUGCUGUUUGUCCCAGAAUGUAUCAUUUCAUGAAAGAACGAGGGUGAAAAGGAAGCAAAGCAAAGGGGAAGGCUGCAAGGGUGUUGUAUAAUAUUAAAAAAAUCAGUUGAAGAGGGAGGGAAAGAGAGUAGGAGGGAGAUGAGAGGGGAGAAGGACAUUUUUUGAGCACAGGCAACUGGCUGCUGAGACUACACCGCAAGAGAGAGAGCAAAAGGGGGGAAAAGAGAGCGAGACAAGGAGACAGCGCACCAGCUAGACACAAGAUGGCUACAGUCUCUUCUGAUUUAAAUGCUGCAGAUGGCUCUUAUCCAUCCAUCCGUCGUCUCCUGUUGCUGGGUUUUCAUGGCUCCGGUAAGACCUCAACACUAAAUACCAUCUUGAGCCAGGAGAAAACCCCUACUGACAAUUCCCAAACAGACCAACAACACUGGGUAGACAUACUCAACUGGCAACUACUGAUUGUUGACACCCCUGGUUGGAAGCUAGAAACCGAAGAUCCAACUGAUGAGAUGAACACGGAGAAUCAGCAGUCCAUCAUUGAUCAAUGUUCGCCUGGUCCUCAUGCCCUGCUGCUGGUGGUUCCCAUUGGAGUCCCGUUUACCGAACACCACUGGCAAGGUCUCUGGGCCCGAGUUAGGGCAAUGGGAGCGGGGAUAUGGAGGCACACAAUGGUUUUGUUCACCUGUGCCGACCAGUUGCCACAGGACAUGGGUGUCGAGGAAUUUAUUGUGGAAGGUGGAGCAGCGCUACAGAGGCUGGUGGAAAGGUGUGGUUGUAGGUACUAUGCCUUGGAUAACACCUGCUCAGACAAAAGUGCUCAGGUUGCAGAGCUUUUGCAGAAAGUGGAGGAGAUGGUGCAGGAGAAUCAAGGCUGGUUCUUUGAAAUGGUGCGACCAAGCCUUGGAUUUGGGGAUGAAGGGCCUGACAAUGAAAGAGAAGAAGAUAGAGGCACAGAAGUGGAGAGAACAGCAGCAAUGUUUAGAUCUCCACCAAGAGAGUUACGAGUGCUGUUAGUAGGCUGGCGUGGAGCAGGUAAGAGCUCUGCAGGUAAUAUUCUACUGGGCUGUCGUGUGUUUGAAUCAGGACGCCCCACUGAGGUGUCUGUCCGCCGUCAAGCAUUAGUGGCUGGUCGGCGCCUCACGGUUGUCGACACACCAGGUUGGGAUUGGUUCUCCGUCCAGCGCACACCAAGCAAUAUACGAAGAGAAAUCAAACUGGGGGCAGGGCUACUCCAUCCUGGUCCACACGCGCUCUUAUUGGUCAUCCCCGUUGUCUCCACCCUCACUCCCAAAAAGAGACAGGCCCUUAAGAGCCACUUGGAAAUGUUUGGCGAGGAGACGUGUCAGCACACACUGGUGCUGUUUUCAUGUGGCGACUGGCUGUAUGGCACAUCAAUUGAGGAUCACAUCCAGAGAGACGGAGGCGAGCUGCUGAAACUGAUGCAGCAUUGCUGGAACUGUUACCACGUGCUGGACUGUACCAAAGCCAGCCAGGACAGGUCACAGGUAACUGAACUCUUGCGGAAAAUAGAGGAGAUGGUAGCAGAAAAUGGACAGAAACCUUUCUUACCGGUCAAAUUGAACCAAGAAUUAGACGAGGAGGAAACAAGUGGAAGAUGCAUUCUGCAGUGAAGGCGAUAUAAAGUGCAAAUAAUAGAGGAGUGUAAAAGUAAUUGACUCUUUUUGAUCCCAAAACAAACAGUUUUAAUCCAAACAGUGGCGUGCAAUAGGAGGGCUCAAGCCCCAGCCCCUUAAAUCACCGAAGUUAAAGUGCCCUUUCAGUCCGGUCUAUGUGCCCGUGAUUUCUACUGAGGGGGACAACCCCCCCAUCCCCAUCUCGUAUCAUACAAACAGAAGUACAGUCUAGAUUUCUGGGUCCUUAUGUAUUCAUCACUGGACAUUCACCUUUGUUAUCUGCACGUUGCACUUAUUGACAUAUUUUUUGUUAAACGUAUUUCCUUUUAAUGCUGUGAGCUAUCAAUAACAGUAAUAACUGAGACCACAAAUAACAGUAAUUCUCAGUACUCAAAUAUUGAACCUCUUGCCAAAUUGCACUGGUUUCAAUGAUGAUUAUUGUCUAGUGUUAUGUAAAAUGCAUGGUGGCACCAAACAGACAAAAUGAUUCCAUCCAUUUCCUCAUGGUAUGGCAGAACACUUUGAGCCCAGCAUUGUAAAGUAGGCCUAUUUAUGCAACCUGGUAGCUUUCCAUGCUCAUUUAAACAGUGUCAAAUAAUAUUUAGUAAAACUGCAUUUUAUAAAUUCAGUGAUUAUAGCUACUUAUAUGUACAUGUAGUUUGAAUGUACUAUAUUAUCAUAAAGUCUAGUAUGAGCACCUGAAAUAGAGCUGGAUUCUUGAGUAUACAACUUGUUUAGACUGAACCGAAUGUGCAAUUGAGCACCUUAUGAACAUUCAGGGUUUCUUUGAUGUGAUUGGUAACUAAUAAGGAGGACGUAUCAUAUUAACGACUGUGAUGUCAGCAUUGUAUUCUAGACACAUUAAAGAUGUGUUUUGAGCAUUCAGGGCAUGGCUAUUGUGUAAUAAUAAUUAUCAUGUCUGAACAUUUUUGGCACAGUACAUUGUGCUUAGGAAAACAUCUCAGCCUCAAGUGACAUUCAACUGG